AUGGUUCAACCAGUGUCGAAAUCCGAUCUCACCUCAGAAACCGAUCCUUCAGUUGCCAAACAAUAUGACACCAAGACACCCAUUGACAAGCAGGUCGAUGAGCUUUACGAGACCAUCGACAGACUCUCCAUCGGCCUUCUCACUACCAUACGCUCCGAUCUAGGCCCAGUCUCACGUUCAAUGGCAGUAGCCAAGCGAGCUGGCCCCGACAUCCUCUUCCUCUACAACAUCCACUCCAAAAAGCACACCGACCUCUCCUCCAACCCCACCGCGCAAAUCACCUUCCAAGACUCGACAACCCAAGACUGGAUCUCGCUCACGGGCGUGGCAACGACCUUCUCCAACGACGACGCCCGCAUCAAAGACCUCUACAACCCGACCGUCAAAGCGUGGUUUGGCGAUCUAGGAGACGGAAAGCACACUGGUGGGCCCGAAGACCCUAGGAUGGGCUUGAUUGAGAUCAAGGCGAAGUAUGUGACCUACUGGCUGCAUACUGUAGAUAAGGAGGGGUUUGAGAAAGAGGUGGGGAAGGCGAGUGAGACGGGCCAGGUGGCGCAGACGGGGGUGACGAGGGAGAUUGGGGAGAAGGAUUUGGAGGCUGCGAGGAAGAAGGCUUGA